GCAGCUGAUAAAAGGCUUGGUGUUCUUUGUCUCAGGUGUCAGUCUCUUCUGUACUUAAGGUUGUUUAAACUGAAGAAGGAGAGUGCAUUGAAGUAUUCCAAAACAUUAACUGAGCACCUAAAAAAUUCUUACAGUAAUUCACAAGCCCCAUCACCUGGUAUGGGAAGCAAGUCUGUCAGUAUGCCUUCACCAGUGUCCCCAAAGCUGUCUCCUGGCAACUCCAACAGCUAUACCUCCAAUGUGUCCAGUUCCUCAGGUGGUACGUCAUCUGUAACUAUUCCACAAAGGAUACAUCAGAUGGCAGCAAGCUACGUUCAAGUCACAUCCAACUUCCUUUAUGCCACCGAGAUUUGGGACCAGGCUGAACAGCUCUGUAAAGAGCAAAGUGAGUUUUUUACGGAAUUGGACAAAGUAAUGGGCCCCUUGGUUUUUAAUGCAAGCACUAUGACAGAACUGGUACGCUACACUCGUCAAGGUCUUCAUUGGUUGCGCUUAGACGCCAAGUUAAAACAUUAA